AUGCCUUUAGAGGAUAAAGUAAAUUCUAGUUUGGACUCCGAAGAGGUUGUUAUCAACUCAAGGUCAGAAAUUAAUCAGAAAAAGCCAAGUUCUUUUAAGAGAAAAGGGAAGCCAAAUCAGUUUUUUGACAGGAACGUGGUCUUGGAGCUGGAAAGAAUUAAUGAUGAUCAAAGGGUUACAAGGGAUUUGAAGAAGUCUAAUGCUCGCUUUCUUUUACUAGAAGAUUUGAUCCCGUGGAGAUCUCAAACGGUGCAGGAGAAUGCAGUAGCACAAGCUCGGAGAAGUCGUUUGGCUGAGACUGAAGCUCGGCUUGAACGGGCCAGAGCUCGAGAGGCAGAGCUCAAUCGAAGGUUGGAAGAAAUGAAGCGAUUCAUAUCCGUCAUGGAAAUCCUCGAAACCUACCUGAAAAGGCGAUUUCGCGAGCGACAGGCACAAUUAUCUAGUCAGAUUCUCUCGGUACCUAAAAGCCAAUGAUCUUUUUAUUUUCUCGCUUAUGUAGUGUUUGUUAAUAGCCUCUUCCCCCCCCUUUUUUUUCUGUUUUUAAUUUAAUUUCAAGUAUUUACGUGGUCUUCGAAUGUUAAUAUUCAGGUAAAUCAUUUUCUCU